GUCAUCUCGGCUUUUCGAGUGUCUCUUUAAACUUGCGAGUAGAUGGUUCAGUCAGAGCGCAUCGCUCGAGUGUGAAAAUGGGAAUUUUGGUUGCGGACUCUUGCUGGGCGGACACAGCGGUUCUGCUUCUGACCGCCCUUUACCUUCUGUAUUGGUAUGCCACCAACACGUUCGAUCACUGGAAGAAAAAAGGGGUGCCUGAGGUCAGGAACAAAGUGCCCUUUUUCGGCUCAAUGCUGGAGUCGGUGACCAUGAAGAAGCAAUUUAGUCUCCACUUCCAAGAGCUCUAUUGGGGCCUCAAGGGGCAUAAAUUUGGAGGAAUAUUUCAGAUGAAAAGGCCCAUGUUGGUUAUGAUGGACCCUGAACUUAUCAAGGAUGUCAUGGUGAAGAAUUUUGCUAAUUUCUCAGACAAUGUUGCUAUUGUUAGCUCCAAACACGACCCAAUGUUUGCCUACAACAUUUUUUCCAUGAAGGGAGAGCAGUGGAAAUAUGCACGAUCAAAGUUGGCUCCUGCUUUCGCCACGGGGAAAAUUCGCAACGUUUUCCCCCUCAUCAUGGAAAUAUGCGACGAACUAAAAAAGCACUUGCAGCGCCGCAUCGACUCAAACGAUUGCGAAUUCAAAGCGCACAAUCUCGCUGCAGAAUACACCACGGACGUAGUCGGCAGUUGUGCUUUUGGGAUUAGGUGCAACUCCCUGAUUGAUCCCAACAACCAAUUCCGGAAAAUGGGCAAAGAUUUGAUGACCCCAGAAUCUGUAUUCAGGCAGUUGCAAUUCAUGAUAAUUUUCACGAUGCCAAAAAUCGCUGAAAUAUUCCGCUUAAAAUUAAUCAGCCAACAAAUAGAAGACUUCUUUAGGGACCUGAUAGGCAAGGCGUUCGCGUACCGCGAAAAACAUCCCGAGUUCAAGAGAAACGAUUUCAUAAACUUACUAAUGCAACUCAAAAAGCUCGGUGGAUUAGAAGUGGAUGAGACUGAUAAGAAAGAGAUCAAUCGUGGACUUGAAAAAGAGGCGUCUGAUAAGGGAAAAAUUGAAUUUAACGAAACCGUCCUAACAGCGCAAGCAGUUGGAUUUUUCAUCGAUGGCUUUGAAACCUCCUCACUAGCACUCGCCUUCGCUCUCCACGAAUUGGCAAUGAACCCAGCAGUGCAGGAAAAGUUGAGGGAAGAAUUGAAAAAAAGUUUUGAAGCGACAGACGGGAAAAUUGAUUACGACAACAUCAGAAGUUGUACCUAUCUUGAUAACGUUUUACACGAAACGUUGCGAAUUUACUCUCCCGCUGGAGUACUGCAACGAGAAUGCACCAAACGCUACACCAUACCUGAUACCAACAUAAACCUCGAGGUAGGCGACGCCGUAGUCAUCCCCGUCUACCCCAUGCACCACGACCCUACGUACUUCCCCUGCCCGGAGGUCUUUGACCCUGACCGAUUUACGGAGGAGGGUAAAAAGACACGACCGGCAUUCACUUAUUUGCCGUUUGGAGAAGGACCGAGACAGUGCAUUGGUUUUAGAUUUGCUCAGGCCCAAGUCAAGGCAGCCCUGGCUACAAUUGUUCUUAACUUUGAAGUGAAGCCAUCCAAGGACACUGAACAUCCUGUUAAAUUUGACCAAACGAAUUUUUUGUUGCGCGCUAAAAAUGGUCUGAAUCUAAAAAUUGCGCCGUUGUAAUUCACCAAGGACAAAUAAGAGUUUGAACACAUAUAAAAAGUACAUAGAA